AUGGCUUCGAAGCCCUCGCCGCUGACCAACAUUCCCUCGUUUGCUGCACCAACUGCCGCCGCUGGUCCCGCGUCGCCGCAGUCUCCUCGAAAACUUCGCAAAUAUCAGUCGCACCAGUCGCUCACUUCGACAUCGUUCUCGACGUUUGGCCAGCCCUUGCCGUCAAUUGCACAUGGAAGCGGUGUGCGCCAGCGUGACACGCCACCUAAUGCCACUGGCACUGGCACUGGCUCGCAGCAGAAUGCAGAACCUCAGCACAAUAAUCGUCAGCGAGCGAGAUCAAAUAGCGAAUCUGGGUCUAGCAUAGCGACUCCAUUGAUAACGGCGCCUCCAAAGGCGAAACGGCCGGCCAGGAAGACUGGAUCGUCGGGUUAUUUUAUGAAACGGACCGGUUUGGAAACACUGCUGCGUGAUGGCCCGGCCGAUGGCAAGCUUCUCGACACACUGCAGGAAUUGAGGCUGAUGGUUCUGUCGAACAAGGUGGAAGCUGACACUGAUGGGAUGUCGUCACAUCGAAUAUACCUCUGGUUGGCGCUGUUCGCUAUUCCCCCGGUGCCGACAGAUGAAUACCUCGGUCUUGUCCAUAGGGGAAGGUCGCCAGUCUAUACUAAAAUCAGAAACGACACUUUCCGCACCCUUGCAACCGACCCGUUGUUCAAGCGCCGAGUCACCGAGGCCAGUCUUAUACGGUUACUGAAUGCAGUUGCAUGGAAGCUACACGAUACACAGAAUCCCAAACCACAGUCACGGCCCUCAUCGAGAAGAAAAGAAAUGUUAGAAAUGGCUAUUGACAGUCCGCCCACUAUCACAGAGGAGACUGCUGAAGGAGAGCCACCGGCAAAAAGCGAUACCAAAGCUCAAGGUGCGAUAUACGUACAGGGCAUGAACGUCCUCUGUGCCCCCUUUCUGUACGCCGCCCGCAGCGAGGUCGAAGCCUUUGCGCUCUUUCACUACUUUGUGACCAAGGAAUGCCCUGGCUAUGUGCGAGGCGCCAUGGAUGGGGUGCACAAGGGGCUGCGACUGGUUGAUCGCUGUCUAGAGAUCGUCGAUCCAAAGCUGGCGGCCUAUCUUUUCUCCAAGGGGAUGCAGGCUGAGCUGUAUGCGUUUCCGUCAGUGCUCACUCUGUGUGCCUGCACUCCGCCUUUGCCAGAGGUCCUUCAUCUUUGGGAUUUCCUAUUUGCCUACGGGCCUCAUCUGAACAUUCUCUGUAUUGUGGCGCAACUAAACCGCAUGCGAGAUGCAAUUAUGCAAAGCGAAAGUCCAAACAAGCUUUUGCGAUCUUUCCCACCACUCGAAGCAGACAAGAUUAUCAGUCUAACGGUCUCAUUUGUGCGGAAAAUCCCUGAUGAUGUCUACGGCGACCUCGUCGAUCAUGCGAAGUAG